AUGAGGUGUUUAUAUAAUUUUGACAAAGAUACAUCCGAAAAAAAUAUAAUAGUUCUGUUACCAAAUUAUGAAUAUUUAACGUGGAAUUUACCUUCUAUAAUCAUUGGUAACUCAGAGCCUUUUCAGCUCUUCAAACAACAUUAUUUAGAGGCAAGGGGGGAUCGUAUUUUACAUGAUUCCGAAGAAGUUGAAAAAAUUAUUGAAGCUUGGAAUUCUGACAUCCAUGUUCGUGAAGAAUAUGAGAAGCUUUGUUCUUCAUUUCAAGAUUAUAUAGUUUCUGCGCCACAAUCAGAAACUAAGCGAGGAGACUUUUCAAUUAAGCGGAUGUCACGUACAGAAUCUUCAGAAGACAGGUUAUGGACAGAUGAUAAAAUACUUAUAAAAUGUUCAUUUAGUUAUGAAGAUAAUGUUUCAUUUUCAAAUUAUGAUCAUGGAACACAUGGAACAAGUGAAUAUAAUAACAACAAUUGUUUCUCUCUGUUAUAUCGAUAUAAUAAUCAAAUGCUACGCAGCUUAAUUUUUCAAAACACUAUAUCUCCUGAUCUGUUUGAAAAAUUCAUUCGAAUUAUUAAAACCAAAAAGCGCAAUAUCAAUAAUUGUAACAAGGAUAAGAAAACAGCUGAUAAAUGCUUAAUUAAAAAUUUGGAAUAUGCAGGUUAUACUUAUAUAAAAGCAUUAUUUGCUUCCUAUAACUUAUUUAAUAAUGAACCAAAUAAAAUUAAGAUGGCUUUGCAUAUUGCAUUUGGCCUACAACCCAGGCAAACUUUAAGUGAUGAUAUUGAUUAUAUUAUUAAUAAUAUACCAUCAAACCCAGAAAUGAUCAUUACAUUAUUUCAUAUAAUUUGGAAUUGUAUCAAGCGGCAAAACAAUCAAAGACGAUCCGAUUUAAGAUUUUCAAUCAUGGAUGAUGAGAAAUAA